UCCAUACUCUUUGGAUGGAGAGUUAUAAGCUAUCACCAGCCUCUUCACAUCACCUAGUUGAAGCUUUAUGCUCCCUACCUAACCUGACUAACCUGAUGCUACAAGGAGUUUUGGACCAGGAGUUCAAUUCUCAUCUGAAUGAGAAGGCUUCAACCUUGAAGGGUUCUUUCCCUCAGAUCAGCAAAGGAAAUUUCAUGUUCAAUGGAAAGCCUCAGAAGGAUCUUCAAUCAUUCUUACAAACACUCACUUACUUGUCAUGGGAAAUGGAAACUUCUUCUGAGUCUUCCUCAGACGAAAUUGAAACUUCUUCUGAGUCUUCCUCAGACGAAUAUUUUGAUGCAUGAUGUGACUCUGCAACAAUACAGUCAAGAUCUAUACAACGGCAAUCCACAACCAUCUAAUUGAUCUCCAUGACGCGGUCAUAUCCUACAAUGGUUUGUUUCAGAGCUGUGAUAUGUCUGAACCCAUUUCAUUUUUAAUCCAUGGAAUAUUAUUUUGAUGUGAAACCAAUUGUCACCAGAGGCAAAUAUGAAUCAUGAUUUUAAUCCUAAAAUGACUGAUGAGCUCUUUUCAUCCGACUUUCAAAGUGAUAUUUAAGCAUCAGAAAUAGGCCUGGGACGAUUGUCAAUGUUACCAUUUGAUAAUUUCCUGAAAAAAAAACAAUUGAAUCAUUCAAUCAAUCGAUAUUUACUCCCAGGCCUAUUCAGAAGUAUCAUAACUAAUGAUUUCAUGCAAUGUGGGUUAAGAGAAUUAAAUAUAGGCCUAUAGAUUGUGCCAUCGUCACUGGGUGAUUUUAACAUGAAUUUACCCUUUUUAUGAUAUCAUAAAUAUCAAUUUAAAGUAUUUUGUCCAUGGUAUUCCAAAUUUAUACAUUAUUCUGAACCAAAAUCAAUGUUUAAUCUGUCAAUGCAUUAUCACACCAAACUCUUCUAACAAUGCUUUAUACAACCUGGAAUUCUUUUAUUACCUUCAAUUCUUUUAUCUUUAUCAUACAGAAGAAAGUUACUCCUCCAAUUCUAUUUUUUGUAACCACAGUGAAAAUCGUAGGAAUUACAAUUCAUAAUGAUUUAAAUUGAAAUGCUUGUGUAACCGAAAUAAUGAAAAAAGCAAUAAAAAGUUAUAUAUGUUAAGAAAAUUGAAAGCUUACAAUCUACCUGAAUGUGAUUUGUUAACAGUGUAAUUAGGGUAUGUAAGACCAGUCCUAGAGUAUUGUGUACCUCUAUUCGCUGCUUCUCUUACUUUGAAACAGAUAAAAGUUAUUGAAACUGUCCAGAAAAGAUCAUGCAAGAUAAUAUUGGGAACCAAGUAUCUAUCAUAUAUAUGACAUGGUUUCAAAUACCUCAAAUUUGACAUCACUUGAGAGUCGAAGAGUAAAACUUACCACAGAUUUCGCUUUAAAGUUAGAAAUGAAUCAAUUGUACAAAAACUGGUUACCUCUACUGAAAACAAAUGCUUUCAAUUUAUGACAUAUGAAUAAAUAUGAGGAGAUUCCAUGUAAAACAAAAAGAUUGCAGAACAGUGCUCUUCCAAGUCUGAUAAGAUUAUUAAAUAGUACCACAUGUGGUAAAUAAGUCUGAAAUUUGUGUAAUGAAUGUGUAAUAUUGUAUUAUUUAUAAUUUUAUUUUUAUCCAUUUUAUCUCCAUUUUUAUCUGUAGAGACAUAUAUGUAAUUUUAAUUUGUAUAUAUUCAUUGUUAAUCAUAGUAAUUUUGAUUAUUUUUAUAUAUUGGCAUUAUGUAAAUAUUUCCAAUUCAGACUGUGACUGCCAAUCAUGUAUUUUGCAAUGAACCUGAAUUGAAUUAAAUUCAUCAUAAAGGAGAAAGUCACUCCUUCAAUUCUAUUAUAUUUAUCAUAAAGGAGAAUGUCACUCCUUUAAUUCUAUUAUGUUUAUCAUAAAGGAGAAAGUCACUCCUUCAAUUCUAUGUUUAUCAUAAAGGAGAAAGUCACUCCUUCAAUUCUAUAAUGUUUAUCAUAAAGGAGAAAGUCACUCCUUCAAUUCUAUUAUGUUUAUCAUAAAGAAUAAAGUCACUCCUUCAAUUCUAGUAUCUUUAUCAUAAAGGAGAAAGUCACUCCUUCAAUUCUAGUAUGUUUAUCAUAAAGGAGAAAGUCACUCCUUCAAUUCUAUUAUGUUUAUCAUAAAGGAGAAAGUCACUCCUUUAAUUUUAUUAUGUUUAUCAUAAAGGAGAAAGUCACUCCUUCAAUUCUAUUAUGUUUAUCAUAAAGGAGAAAGUCACUCCUUCAAUUCUAUUAUGUUUAUCAUAAAGUAGAAAGUCACUCCUUCAAUUCUGUUAUGUUUAUCAUAAAGGAGAAAGUCACUCCUUCAAUUCUAGUAUGUUUAUCAUAAAGGAGAAAGUCACUCCUUCAAUUCUAGUAUGUUUAUCAUAAAGGAGAAAGUCACUCCUUCAAUUCUAUUAUGUUUAUCAUAAAGGAGAAAGUCACUCCUUCAAUUCUAAUAUGUUUAUCAUAAAGGGGAAAGUCACUCCUUCAAUUCUAAUAUGUUUAUCAUAAAGGAGAAAGUCGCUCCUUCAAUUCUAUUAUGUUUAUCAUAAAGGAGAAAGUCACUCCUUCAAUUCUGUUAUGUUUAUCAGAAAGGAGAAAGUCACUCCUUCAAUUCUAGUAUGUUUAUCAUAAAGGAGAAAGUCACUCCUUCAAUUCUAGUAUGUUUAUCAUAAAGGAGAAAGUCACUCCUUCAAUUCUAAUAUGUUUAUCAUAAAGGAGAAAGUCACUCCUUCAAUUCUAAUAUGUUUAUCAUAAAGGAGAAAGUCACUCCUUCAAUUCUAAUAUGUUUAUCAUAAAGGAGAAAGUCGCUCCUUCAAUUCUAUUAUGUUUAUCAUAAAGGAGAAAGUCACUCCUUCAAUUCUGUUAUGUUUAUCAUAAAGGAGAAAGUCACUCCUUCAAUUCUAGUAUGUUUAUCAUAAAGGAGAAAGUCACUCCUUCAAUUCUAUUAUGUUUAUCAUAAAGGAGAAAGUCACUCCUUCAAUUCUAUGAUGUUUAUCAUAAAGGAGAAAGUCACUCCUUCAAUUCUGUUAUGUUUAUCAUAAAGGAGAAAGUCACUCCUUCAAUUCUAGUAUGUUUAUCAUAAAGGAGAAAGUCACUCCUUCAAUUCUAGUAUGUUUAUC